GGAGGACAAUGACAGCUGAAGAUACCCAAUAAAGACGUUUACUGAUAUAUUCCAACUGGACGCAAAGGAAGGCGGAAACGAGGAGGAACUGCUGUGGUUCGAAUCCGACAGCAAAUGUUUUGAAGUUUCUUUUAAAUGUCCAAGAAGCCAUAUUAAAAUCUGAGAGAAAUCAAACAAGAAAAGAGAGUUAUUUUUGUGGACGGCUACAGUUAGACACAGUAUUCGUCAAACAUCUCAAAUUAUCGCGCAGACGUCAAUUCUAAACAAAGUGGCCAACUUUAAUCUGGUUGUGAUCCGCCAGUUUACUCCAAAGGUACACACGGUCUACGCCAAAUUGAAUGUUUAGCCGUCAACACCUGUGGGUUCCUGUUUAGGACACAUGAGCAUAUACGCAUAUUAGUUUAUGAAUGUUUGAUACAAAUUAGAAAUCAUUUCAAAGAUUCUAUUUUACGAUCAUAUUCAACGCAUUGUGUUAUUUUAAUGGUUUUGAAAAAUGCGGCUUGGAUUUCACGUAGACGACACGAAGACCUACUAAAUUUAUUUACUGCGCGAAAAAGAAACGAAAAUAAUGGCCAACCAUCUCGCAUCGAACGGUAGCCCUAGCAAAAAGAGCCCCGUACCUAAGCAAGAGGACGACACUGCAGCCGAAGAUGACAGCAACUCUAUCCCUAAGAUUGACCCGAGCUUUAAAAGUAAGCGAUAUCGUGAUAAACUACGGACGGAAAUCAAAGCACUGGAGUCACAGCUGCCGCUGGACAAGACUUCCCUGCACAGAAAGCUGGACAGCCAAACUGUCUUCCGUCUGGUCAUCUCAUGUUUCCGAAUGAAAGCAUUCUUCAAAGCUGCAAGAUUUGUAGACCGUGACCCAAAUCCAACUGAUAAUUUGGAAUCAAAGCCACCAGAAGAAGACACCAUUAUGCGUGAUAUCUUUGACGCGCAGUUCCUCAACCAGAGUGGUUGA